GGCUCUGCAUCCAGGCAGAGCAGAAUACAAGUCGACUUGGUUUACAAAAAGCCAGACAGUGUAUACAAGAAGCAAAGAUUCUCACUUGGUUUACAUUUUUAGAUUAGACUAGCUCCAAAACCCUCAGAUAGAUUUAGAAACCAACCCAAAUAAUAAGCUGAAUGGGAAAUCUUUUUGAAGCCGUCGAUUUGUCUGUCACGGCAGUUUAUUAUUGCACAACAAUCGUCCCUGUUUGAAACCUAGACAGUUGAUUGCAGACUACUUCUGUGUGUGUGUGUGUGUGUUGAUUAUUUUAUAGCCAAGCAGAAAUGGCUAAGCGACCGGUCAAGAAACCCGAAUACCCCGAGGAAAGCCGCAUUUGCGGUUUGAUUUUCAUCUUUCAGUUGAUUGCCGUUUUGAGUGCUGUGUCGAUCGUUUACCUGACGGUGGCCACCUACGUGCCGUCCAUCAAGGCCAUCGCUUCCACCUACGAAGAAGCACCGGUGAUUUGCACGACAACUCUAGCCGACGACUCCGUGGAAAACUGCACAUGGUUAUCCUGUUUUGAAUGGUGCUUGACAAAAUCGUCUGGUCUCUGCAUGCAGAUUUGGGUUUCGGUCCGACAGAAUGGCUCAGAGCUGGCAUUCGAUCAAUGUCAAGAUCGCGUUGAGAAAUCGUGUACCACCGAUGAUUUGAUUCCGACCCAUCGACAUCUGUGCAGAAAGGACCAGUGUGAAAAUCUUCUAGGUCUGUUUAACUGCACCAAAGGAGUUUGCGUCAACGUGACGUCUGCCAUGACAUGCAAUAAGUUCACUAAACUUGGCCAUCAAAUCAGUUUGAAACAGCGUAUUAACUGCCAAUCUUUGGACGGAUUUUAUACUUGCACAGCCAGUUACUGCAUGGAAAUUCUGAAGCCUUACUCGUGCGAUCGCCGCUGUAGUGAUAUGAGCGUUCACGAUCCUCAGGGAUCGCAGAUCCGCAACGUCAUCGUCGUCAACAACGAUCGCCUGGUAAUGGCCGGAUGCCAGGGCUCCGUGUCGGAGCGGCCCAGCGGCGAAGUCAUUUGGAGUCCGGCAUCCGAUCCUGGCGAAAUUCUUUUGAUCAGCUGUACUAAUAUUAACAGUUCGCCGACUGGACAGCUUUCGGCCAUGGAUUGCGUCAACGCCUCGCUAGUCCCGGCUAACUAUUUGAAAGACAAUUUCAGUCUGCCCACUUUGAUGUCUGUUUACCAAAAUCAAACGGUCACCCGGCGGCUGCCAACGUCCUCGCAUAGCGGCCGCCAAAUUCCACUCGAGAGCGAACUAACCAUUUAUAAUCGAAGCAAGCUGCUAGUCAAUCUAGAGUUUUGUGUCAAUACGCUUCGCGACGAGUGUCGAGAAUUUUUCGCCAUUCACGGACGUGACGGACGAGACCUGCGAUCCCCGGCACGUUUCCCUUGCUACUACACGCCCGAUAAAAACGACUCUGUCAUUACUAAAUUCAAUCGAAACAAAGUCAUCUUCGACUUUGCGCUAUCGGCGGCCGUCCCAGGUGUCCUUUUCGUCUUCUCUUGUUCCUGUCUCGUCCUUUGCACCAGGAUCGUUGGAAUAGGACCUGACGCUCACAUGCAAAUUAUGGGAUUCCGGCGUACGGCCGAGCUCAAGAUGGAAGGUGCUAACGUGGAGGCCGAGUUGCUGCCUGCGAAUGACUCCAGCAAUCGCAACGGGAAGAAACAUUCGAGCCAACAACGACCUGACGGCUAAUAAAACCAUUUACAACAUGUAUAGAAAAAAAGCCUGGCGACAAUUUAGUUAGUAUACACAGUACAAUUAGUUAUACUCUUGGAAAUGAGUACUACUCCUCUAUACAUUUGCUCGAAAAUAAGCAAGCUUUAAAUAAUGCGGCAAUCUUCUGAAAUCCUUUUUUAUUCUUUUAUCUUUUUGAAAUCAGCUAAAUAUUCAAUUCCAAUACUGCACAUAAUCAACAUGUUUCCAUAUAUAUCUUAAUCCGGAAAACAGUGAGACUCCAUUUGUGCGGGUUUCAAUCUCAUCAAUCUGUUGACGGAUGCAAAUUGUGUUAAAAGGAUUUGCGUCAGCAGUUAAAACUUAAAAGGAUUUGAUUAUUUUUCCUCCCCAUUAAAUUUUUUAAAUAUACAGCGAACUACAAUUCCAUGCACACGUUCCAUCUCAAGAAUACGCAUAAAAUAAAAUAAACUUGCAAAUUACAA